UCCUCAACCAAGCUCCCAUCUUAGUUGCUCCCUGAUUAUCUUCAAAACUCUAGGCAAACAAUGGGUGUCACCACUUUCACUGAGGAAUAUACCAACACCAUUGCUCCAGCAAGGUUAUUCAAGGCAUCAGUCCUUGACUCUCACAACUUAAUCCCAAAAAUCAUGCCACAGGCUAUCAAAAGCAUUGAGAUUACUCAGGGAAAUGGAGGGGCUGGCAGCAUCAAACAGAUCAACUUUGCUGAAGGAAGCACUUUGAAUUAUUUGAAGUACCGAAUUGAUGAGCUCAACGAAGAGACGUUCACUUACAACUAUACUCUGAUCGAAGGUGAUGCCUCGAUGGACAAGCAGAUUGAAUCAAUUUCUUAUGAGGUUAAGCUUGAACCAUCUCUUAACGACGGAACUGUCUCGAAGAUGACAAGCAAAUAUUACAACAAGGGUGAUGGUGAGCUCUCAGAAGAGUUCAUUAAGGCUGGCAAGGAAAAGGCCACAGGAAUGUACAAGGUUGUGGAAGCCUACCUCCUACAAAACCCUGAUGCCUAUGCUUAAUGUUCUUGCUUUGUAAAACUAAUGCCAUUUGGUCCUCAAGCCUAUGCUGUGCUGUUGGAGCUUUUGUUUGCUUUUAUUACAAUAAGAAACCACCCCUGCUUUAUAAUCAUGGGUGGAUAAUGAUUUUUCUCCCUUGUGAGAAACCCUAGCUUCCCUUUGUCAUUAGACAAAGAAAUAAAUAAAUAAAUAA